CCACUUCCGGUUUUAACUAGUGAUAUUUUUGCUAUAUUCUCUCCUGCAUGAUUGCUUGCCAGCCAGUCAUUUGGUCACUAGCCCAAAUGCCCAAUGAUAUGCUUGUCGAUAGGCACUUUUCACACAAAAUGGAAAUUUAUUCCAUCGCCACUCGUGUCAUUUUCAUGUCAGCACCAAGACGACUUUUGUUCUUCCCACUAAUUUUCCUCCACCAGUCCACCCGAUGCUUAUCAUCUAUACCUUCCCUCUUGCAAUAUAUACAUACAUAUCUCGUCCUAAGAAACACAACUCAACUCCCGGGCAGGUGGACGACACCCCUCACCGACGAUCACCUCCAACUCCCAAGUCAUACGCCGGAAGGCAUGUAGAUUGCAGGCCAUCAAUUAUGCACUUCACGCGGUGAGGUUGCUACAUCGGCGCAACUUAGGAGAGGAUGAACGCCCUUGUCAGCACGACGCUAUGGGUGGUGGGCAAGGCGCUGGCCCCUGUAGUCAAUGGAGUGUUGGCGCAUUGGGACGCAAGCAAGAACCUAGGCCUCAACGUUGAGGCCGUGGGGAUGGAACUCCUGCUUGUGCAGGCCACCCUAGAAACCGCCAGUCGCAAACACAUCAGCGGCAAGGCCACGGAGGAGCUGCUACGCAAGCUGCAGGACUCGGCACGAUGUGCCGAGGACUUGUUGGAUGAGCUUGACUACUUCCGUAUCCACGACCAGCUCCAUGGUACGUACGACGCUGCUGACCAUCAUGCCAAGGGUGGAGUCCACGACCUUGUUCUCAAUGCUCGUCACACUGCCAGUGAUGCGCUUGGUUUUUCCUCUGCUGCCACCCCUGCUGAAUCUCAACGAGUAGUAGAAGAUGAAAGGCAACGGAUCGGCUGCUGUGUUUGGUCACGUGCUAGAUGGUGGUCACGAGGCAAUUCCUCGUCAACACCAAACGCCAACAAGCCUGACCAGGAGGAGGUCAGCAGAUGUAUGCCCCAGCUCGGUAAACUCCUCCCUCGCUCAUCUUCCCCAAAUGUGCAGGAUGACAAUUCUGGUAGCCAGUCAACUCAUUGUGGUGCGCCCCAGAGAGAGCAUCCAGAAAAACCAACAAUGUUGGGGUUUAAUAGGGUUGUUUUCUCUGAGAGAAUGAAACACAUUGUAGAGCAACUACAACCUUUGCGUAAAGACUUCACCACCAUCAUGCAGUUUUGUGACCCUAUCACUGUCCCAGAUAUUGCCCAGAGUCGUCCGAUCACCACCGGUCAAAGUAUAGAGCCAAAAUUGUAUGGGAGGGAUGAUAUCGUGAAUAGCAUCAUACAUGAUAUGACCAAGGGUAAAUAUCACAACAAUGAUCUGAAUGUGCUUCCGAUUGUCGGACCAGGGGGAAUAGGGAAGACCACUAUGAUACAACACAUAUAUCACAAUGAAGAAGUUCAAAAACAUUUUCAUGUAGUGAUUUGGGUAUGUGUAUCCUUCAAGUUUAAUCUGAAUAAGCUGCUUGAAGAUAUAAAAGAAGAAAUCCCUCUCGUUGAAGGAGAAAAGGGGUAUAGACCACAGGACCUGAUUGAACAAAGAUUAAAAUCCAAAAGGUUCUUGCUUGUAUUGGAUGAUAUAUGGGAGUGUGGUAAUGAGGAUGACUGGGAAAGGUUAUUGCUGCCACUCAAAACAUCAGAAGAAAAGGGUAGCAUGGUUCUAGUCACAACUCGUUUUCCAGCUGUAUCAGCAAUGGUUGGAACAACUAGCCAUUCCAUAGAAUUGGAAGGUUUAGAAGCGGAAUAUUUUAGGGAGUUAUUCCAUGCAUUUGUCUUUGGUGAUGACCGGUGUAGAAGGGAUCAUUUAUUUUUGCUUGAGACUGGAGAUGAGAUCAUGGAAAAACUUAAGGGAUCCCCACUUGCAGCAAAAACUGUUGGUAGAUUACUGAGAAGAGACCUUAGUUUACGUCAUUGGAGAAGAGUCUUAGAAAGUAAAGAAUGGGAGAUGCAGACAGGUGUCAAUGACAUUAUGCCUGCCUUGAAGCUUAGCUAUGACAAUCUCCCUUUCCACCAGCAACAAUGUUUUUCCUCUUCUGCAUUGUUUCCCGAGGAUCACAUGUACAGAACCACGGAACUAAUAAAUUUGUGGAUAGGACUAGAUAUUUUACAACCUGAUGGUCGGAACCAAACAUUGGAAGAUAUAGGUUUGAGCUAUUUGAAUGAUCUGGUCACACAUGGAUUUUUCAGAGAAGAGGGAACCUGGGCUGGCCCGGGUUAUGUAAUGCAUGACCUACUACAUGAUUUAGCAUUGAAGGUUGCAUCUCAUGAUUAUGUUAGUUUACAUCGCUCCAAUGUGGGGUCAGUAAAAAUUCAGCCAUCCAUCCGUCACUUAUCUAUAAUCAUAGAUGAUGAUGAUUAUGAUUAUGAUGAUGAUACAAUGUCUGUUGAAAUUUUUAAGAGUCAACUGAGGAACCUAAAGACAAGAUUGAAGGUUAAACAGCUGCAUACUUUGAUGAUAUUUGGAGUAAUGAGUAAAAGCUUUGCCAAGAUUUUUGGUGAUUUGGUUAGGGAAGCAAAUGCUCUCCGUGUUCUUCGUUUGGUUGACAUAUCACCUUCAGUGGAAUCCAUGCUACAGACCUUUUCAGAACUUGUCCACCUACGGUACCUAUGUUUGGGGACAAUGUAUGGGAUUGCGAGCCAGGUGCAUUUACCACUUACCAUUUCUAGAUUUUAUCAUUUAAGGAUUCUGGAUCUAGGCUCGUGGUAUGGUUGUCGUGAUUUACCAAAAGACUUGAGCAACCUUGAAAAAUUGUGUCGUUUUUAUUCACAAAGUGAUUCUAAUAUUCAUAAUGUGGGAAAACUUAAACUUUUAGAAGAGUUAACCGUAUUUAGAGUCAAUAAAGAAAGUGAAGGAUUUGAACCAAAACAACUAGAGAAUUUGACUGAACUAAGGGAGCUUGGCAUCUAUAACCUUGAGAAUAUACACACAAAAGAAGAUGCGACCAAAGCAAAACUUAUAGAGAAAAACUAUUUGGAGAGGUUAACAUUAGAUUGGGAUAGUGAGCGGUCUAAUAUUGACCCUGAUGUUGAAGCAGUCAUCCUUGAGAGCCUUCAACCACCUAGAUAUCUUGAAGGAUUGCGCAUUGGAGGGCACGGAGGCCCUUCCUGUCCAACAUGGCUGGCUGAUAAUCUCACUCUUGAAGCUCUUAAAUCUCUUCGUCUCAUUGGUGUUUCUUGGAAAUGCCUCCCUUCUUUAGGGAAGAUCUGGGGUCUUGACACAUUAAUACUGAAGCAUAUUGCAGCAAUGAAGGAGUUUGUUAUAGAGCAAAGGUUUUGCAGGCUAAUAAAGCUUAAACUUGUUGGCUUGGGAAGUUUUGAAAAAUGGGGGCCAUCACAGGACACCGGUAUGUUUCCUCUUUUGCAAGUACUGAUUAUCAGAGACUGCCCUAGAAUCUUUGGGUUGCCAUUUUCAAACCCAAAUCAAGACUGGAAAGUUGACUGGUUCCCCAAACUGCAAGAGCUUGAGAUAGUGAGCUGUCCAGGAUUCUUGUUAAUGCCUCGUAUCCCCUGGACUGAAACACUGCGCCAUGUCUAUAUAAUUGAUGUAAAGCUACUAGAGAAGUUUGAGUACAACUCAAUAUCACCAGCUGAUUUGUAUAUUAAAGGGAAGGAUGAUCUGCAGAGGUUAGAUCAGGUGUUAGCAUUCAGUAACCUGGCAGGUCUUGAUCAGCUGACACUCAAGAAGUGCCCACCUAUGGAGUGUAAGCACCUUCUGAUGCUAACCUCACUGAAGAAAUUGGUUGUAGAGAGUUCAGAUGGUCUGGUUGGGUCAUUAGGAGGCGGUGAUGAUGUCCAAUGGCAGCACCCUGUUGAGCAUCUUGUGGUCGACGGAUUAUGUGGUGCUACUGUGAAGAAAUUGUCAGGGCUCCUCUCCCACCUCCCAAGGCUCUCCGAAUUGUGUAUCACAAAGUGUGAAAAUGUAACACAGCUGGCAGUGGGGAUGGAUAUGCAGCAAACAACGUCAACAGCUGCACCAGAGGUGGAAAAAGAAGAAGAUGGGUUGCUGCUCUUCCCAACCGAUCACUCUGGCUCACUACGGGUGUUGUACAUCUCUGAAUGCCCAGAGCUGUUCCCCUCUCCUUCCUGCUGCAUUUUUCCAUCCUCUCUGCUAGACCUUAAUCUUAAGGGCGUGGAAGGCUUGGGGACAUUGGAGCCCCUCUCAAACCUCACUUCUCUCACCCAUUUGGCUUUGUUAUACUGCGGAGAGGAUCUAAGAUGUAAGGGUCUGGGGCCUCUCCUUGCCGGCAGGGGACAGCUCAAGGAAUUAGUGGUCUAUGGCAGCCGUAGGUUCUUUGCGGGAUGGGAUCUCAAUCUCAGGCAGGUGCUGCUGCAGCAGGAUGAAGGAGAAGAUCAGCAGCUUGUUUCCCCCCCUGAAGCUUGUUCAUCAAAACUUCAAGUGCUCCGUUCGGAUGAUACCAUGGGACUCCUUGCUACACCCAUCUGCAGCUUCCUGUCUUCCUCCCUCACCAAGCUGAAACUUCGUUGGAUCAACAAGAUCAAGAUGGAGCGCUUCAGCAAGGAGCAAGAUGACGCCCUUCACCUCCUCACCUCCCUCCAGCAACUCAAGUUUUCGAAUUUCAGAGAACUUCAGCACCUCCCUACAGGGCUGCACAAGCUUACCAACCUCCAGCGAUUAGAGGUUGACUGCUGUCCAGCAGUCCGGUCGCUGCCAAACGAUGGCCUCCCCAAAUCACUGAAAGAAUUAGAUGUCCACCAGUGCUUCAACGAGGAGCUAAAACAGCAGUGCAUAGGGUUACUGGGAACCAUCCCAAAGAUCAGAACUGAAUACUGACCAAGGCAUCUGCCUUGAAGAUCCCUUGUACAUUGUUUUAGCCUUGUAUAGCUCACCUCCACCUCAGGUGUACACUUCCCUUGCCACAUGCAUGACAUGGGAGUCUUGUACAUUAAUCUGGUAUUUGUUUGUCGGUUCUUUUUGGCUUCCUCACUUGGCUACUUGGGGUGUGAGUAUCAGAAACCAUGGCAGAGUUCAGGAUUAAUUAGACUUCCGUGGCACGCUACAGUUAUUAUUGUCAUCUUCCUAUGCAUCGAUCUGCCAACUACAUGUAAGUGUUCUUAUGUUUGUUCUCGUAGGCUUCUACACAGUUUGCUUGUUACAUGCAUGACAUGUGGGAUCAUGUGGACACCUUCUUCCUUCCUGUACAUAAAUAU